AUGGAUAAAUAUUUAUAAUAUUUAUUAAAUGGCAAUUACAUUCAUUUUAGUAAUUAUAUUCCUAGUUGGGUUGUUAUUUAUGGCUCCAAAAUUUAUAACUAAGAUUAUGAGUUAACCUCCUUAAUAAGAGUCUCCAAAUAUAAAAUAAUCACAAAUGCAGAUUUUGAAUUAAUUAUUUGAUUAAAAGAUAGAGUAAAAUUCAAAGAGUAGAGGAUGUAUUACACUAAGAGGUGAAUGUUUUAGUGAAGAAUAACAUUAAUUUAUUAGUCAAUUAACAUCAAUAUGUGAUGUGAUAUGUUUGAGUAAAACAAAUUAGAGUAAUCUACCAAAAGGUGUACAUCAUUUACCAUUUUAAACAGAUGUUGGAUGCAGUGCUAUCGU